AUGAUUUAUGAGCUUUUCUUGUGGAUGUCUGAUAAGGAAAAGCUUGGAGCGGUUGCUUUUUUUUUAAUAUUAUGCGUGUGCUUCUUGAAAGUGACUUUAGCGUCGGGACAGUUCGAGUUGGAGAUCUUAUCCAUGCAAAAUGUGAAUGGUGAACUGCAAAAUGGAAAUUGCUGUGAUGGCACCCGAAACCCGGGAGAUAGAAAAUGCACCAGAGACGAGUGUGAUACCUAUUUUAAAGUUUGUCUGAAGGAGUAUCAAUCGCGGGUCACUGCUGGUGGUCCUUGCAGCUUCGGAUCCAAAUCCACUCCUGUCAUCGGAGGAAAUACCUUCAAUUUAAAGUACAGCCGGAAUAAUGAAAAGAACCGGAUUGUUAUCCCUUUCAGCUUCGCCUGGCCGAGAUCCUACACGUUGCUUGUUGAGGCAUGGGAUUACAAUGAUAACAACUCUACUAAUCCUGAUCACAUUAUUGAGAAGGCAUCCCACUCUGGCAUGAUCAAUCCAAGCCGUCAAUGGCAGACUUUGAAACACAAUGCAGGAGUUGCCCACUUUGAGUAUCAAAUCCGCGUGACUUGUGCAGAACAUUACUAUGGCUUUGGCUGCAACAAAUUUUGUCGACCAAGAGAUGACUUCUUCACUCAUCAUACCUGUGACCAGAAUGGCAACAAAACCUGCUUGGAAGGCUGGAUGGGACCAGAAUGCAACAAAGCUAUUUGUCGUCAGGGAUGUAGCCCCAAGCAUGGUUCUUGCACAAUUCCAGGAGAGUGCAGGUGUCAGUAUGGAUGGCAAGGCCAGUACUGUGAUAAGUGCAUUCCACACCCAGGAUGUGUCCAUGGCACUUGCAUUGAACCAUGGCAAUGCCUCUGUGAAACCAACUGGGGUGGUCAGCUCUGUGACAAAGAUCUGAACUACUGUGGAACCCACCCACCCUGUUUGAACGGCGGUACCUGCAGCAACACUGGCCCUGACAAAUACCAGUGUUCCUGCCCUGAGGGCUACUCCGGACAGAACUGUGAAAUUGCGGAGCAUGCCUGCCUCUCUGAUCCUUGUCACAACGGAGGAAGCUGCUUAGAGACGUCUACAGGAUUUGAAUGUGUGUGUGCGCCUGGCUGGGCUGGGCCAACUUGCACUGAUAAUAUUGAUGAUUGUUCUCCAAAUCCCUGUGGUCACGGAGGAACUUGCCAAGAUCUAGUUGAUGGAUUUAAGUGUAUUUGCCCACCUCAGUGGACUGGCAAAACCUGCCAACUAGAUGCCAAUGAAUGCGAGGGCAAACCCUGUGUCAAUGCCAACUCCUGCAGGAACCUGAUUGGCAGCUACUAUUGUGACUGCGUUACUGGCUGGUCUGGCCACAACUGUGAUAUAAAUAUUAAUGACUGUCGUGGACAAUGUCAGAAUGGAGGAUCCUGUCGGGACUUGGUUAAUGGUUAUCGGUGUAUCUGUUCACCUGGCUAUGCAGGAGAUCACUGUGAGAAAGACAUCAAUGAAUGUGCAAGCAACCCUUGCAUGAAUGGGGGUCAUUGCCAGGAUGAAAUCAAUGGAUUCCAAUGUCUGUGUCCCGCUGGUUUCUCAGGAAACCUCUGUCAGCUGGACAUAGAUUAUUGCGAGCCAAAUCCUUGCCAGAAUGGUGCCCAGUGCUUCAAUCUUGCUAUGGACUAUUUCUGUAACUGCCCUGAAGAUUAUGAAGGGAAGAACUGCUCCCACCUGAAAGACCACUGCCGCACAACGCCUUGUGAAGUAAUUGACAGCUGUACCGUGGCAGUAGCUUCCAACAGCACACCGGAAGGGGUUCGUUAUAUUUCUUCAAAUGUCUGUGGUCCUCAUGGAAAAUGCAAGAGCCAAGCAGGUGGAAAAUUCACCUGUGAAUGCAACAAAGGAUUCACUGGCACCUACUGUCACGAGAAUAUUAAUGACUGCGAGAGCAACCCCUGUAAAAAUGGUGGUACUUGUAUCGAUGGCAUUAACUCCUACAAAUGUAUUUGCAGUGAUGGAUGGGAAGGAACAUACUGUGAAACAAACAUUAAUGACUGCAGUAAAAACCCUUGCCACAAUGGAGGAACUUGCCGAGACUUGGUCAACGACUUCUUCUGUGAAUGUAAAAAUGGGUGGAAAGGAAAAACUUGCCACUCCCGUGACAGCCAGUGCGAUGAGGCAACGUGCAACAAUGGAGGAACAUGUUAUGACGAGGGGGACACUUUCAAGUGCAUGUGUCCUGCAGGAUGGGAAGGAGCCACUUGUAAUAUAGCAAGGAACAGCAGCUGCCUGCCAAACCCCUGUCACAACGGUGGUACCUGUGUAGUCAGCGGGGAUUCUUUUACUUGUGUCUGCAAGGAAGGCUGGGAAGGACCCACAUGUACUCAGAACACAAACGACUGCAGUCCUCAUCCUUGUUAUAAUAGUGGCACUUGUGUGGAUGGAGACAACUGGUACCGCUGUGAAUGUGCUCCAGGCUUUGCAGGUCCUGACUGCAGGAUCAAUAUCAACGAAUGCCAAUCUUCACCCUGUGCCUUUGGAGCCACGUGUGUAGACGAGAUUAACGGGUACCGUUGCAUUUGCCCACCGGGUCGUAGUGGCCCAGGAUGCCAAGAAGUUACGGGAAGGCCUUGCAUUACCAGUGUUAGAGUGAUGCCAGAUGGGGCCAAAUGGGAUGAUGACUGUAAUACCUGCCAGUGUUUGAAUGGAAAAGUCACCUGUUCUAAGGUCUGGUGUGGUCCUCGACCUUGUGUCAUGCAUGUCAAAGGUCAUAAUGAAUGCCCAGCUGGACAUGCUUGUGUUCCUGUUAAAGACGACCACUGUUUCACUCACCCUUGCGCUGCCAUGGGUGAAUGCUGGCCCUCCAAUCAGCAGCCUGUGAAGACCAAAUGCAAUUCUGAUUCUUACUACCAAGACAACUGUGCCAACAUCACCUUUACCUUUAAUAAAGAAAUGAUGGCACCAGGACUUACCACAGAGCAUAUCUGCAGUGAAUUGAGGAAUCUCAAUAUUCUGAAGAAUGUUUCUGUUGAAUAUUCCAUCUAUAUUACCUGUGAGCCUUCACACUUGGCAAAUAAUGAAAUACAUGUUGCUAUUUCUGCAGAAGGUAUAGGGGAAGAUGAAAACCCAAUCAAAGACAUCACAGAUAAGAUUAUUGACCUUGUCAGUAAGCGUGAUGGUAACAACACACUAAUUGCUGCAGUUGCGGAAGUCAGAGUGCAACGGCGACCAGUUAAAAACAAAACAGAUUUCCUGGUGCCAUUACUGAGCUCAGUCCUGACAGUAGCCUGGAUCUGUUGCCUGGUAACUGUUUUUUAUUGGUGCAUUCGAAAGCGCAGAAAGCAGAGCAGCCACACUCACACGGCAUCUGAUGACAACACUACCAACAAUGUAAGGGAGCAGCUGAAUCAGAUAAAAAACCCCAUUGAGAAACACGGAGCAAAUACUGUCCCAAUUAAAGACUACGAAAACAAAAACUCUAAAAUCGCCAAAAUAAGGACACACAAUUCGGAGGUGGAGGAAGACGACAUGGACAAACACCAGCAGAAGGCCCGAUUUGCCAAGCAGCCAGCGUACACUUUGGUAGACAGAGAUGAAAAGCCCCCCAACAGCACACCUACAAAACACCCAAACUGGACAAACAAACAAGACAACAGAGACUUGGAAAGUGCACAAAGCCUAAAUAGAAUGGAGUACAUUGUAUAGCAGACAGCGGGGUGCUGCCAUGCAGGGCCUUUACACAUCGUUAUAAAGGCACUCGAGAGCUUGUAGUUCUUCAACUGUUGUGUAAUAUUUGAGUCCAAGGCUAUUAUUUACUUAGAAUCCCUGUGUUAAUUUAAGUUUUGACAAGCUGGCUUACACUGGCAAUGAUAGUUGCUGUGGUUGGCUGGAAUACCAAGUGCUGCAUUUCACAUCUAUGCAAAACUAGUCGAAAGUGCCCUCGUGUCAACUCAGCUGUAGCUGAUACAUCACGGAAACGUUUCAGAAGGUGUUACGUAGCCUUACUGCUCUUCCCUAGGGUUAGGGGUGUUUUGUUUUCCUGCCAUAUGUCCCAAUUUAUACAGUUUCUUUAGCAUAAUACAUUUUAUUUAUAUUUAUUGAAUUUGAGGUUUUUGUAUAUUGGUUUUAUGGUGACGUACAACUAGUUCUGUAUUUGAAAGUGCCUUUGCAGCUCGGAACCACAGCAACUAUCAAAAAUAAGUUUAUUAUUUAUUUUUUUAUUGUAUUUUUGUUGGGGGCGGGUGGGGGGAACUUGUCAGCAGUUGCUGGUAAAUGAAGAAUUUAAAGAGGAAAAUGUGUCAAAAAUAGAAGUUUGUAUAGAUAUGUAAAUAAUUCUUUUUUAUUAAUCACUGUGUAUAUUUGAUUUAUUAACUUAAUAAUCAAGAGCCUUAAAAUAUCAUUCCUUUUUAUUUAUAUGUAUGUGUUUAGAGUUGAAGGUUUUGAUAGCAUUGUAAGCUCGUGGCUUCUCUAUUUUUGAAUUUAUUUUCUUGUUACAUGUUGCCUAUAUGCCAAAACUAAGGUGUUCUAAAAAUAGUUUAUUUUUAAUAGGAUGGGCUUUCAUGCCUUGACGCUGGUUUUUGUACAAAAAUGUCAAACAUUUGAAACACCUUCCACAGUAUCACUUUAAGACUAUUUGUAAUUACUGACUGAGGCAGUUUAGACAAUUAGACUAGAAUAAAUUUUUUUUGCUGCUUUAGACUUGAAAAAUGAGUGACAGGCAGAUAAUCUGCUAAGAAGCAGUUUAAGGGAACAAACGUGAGCUAUUACUUUAUGUAGAUGAAAUGUGAGUGGUUGCAUGUAAUUAAAAUAUCAAAUUAGCGUGUGAAGUUGG